AUGGCGCAUCUCGCUUUGGACAUUUCGGAGAAUACAUGCAUCGGAAACGCUGCUAAACUCCAGAUACAGAAUACAGCCCUUGAUUCAAGCAUAGGCAUUGGUACCACGAGAAAAAUCUUUAGCGGUCUUUCAAUAUACAUUAACGGGUGGACGAAUCCUUCAGUUCAAGAUCUGCGUCAAUUGAUAGUGACGCAUGGGGGUGUGUUUCAACCUUACUUGGAUAAGAAAUCAUCAGUAACCCAUAUUAUCACUUGCUCACUGACGGCUGCGAAGAUCAAAGAAUGGAAGCACAUGAAGAUUGUGAGGCCUGACUGGUUGGUGGAUAGUGUCGCUGCAGGAACCUUGAUUCCCUGGAGGAGUUACAUCUUCAAACCUGGCGCCAGGGUCGAGCAAUCUCAAGGGACGCACACGCCUCAAAGUUAUCUGUCUACAGAUUCACGUACAGCAGCACGUCCUGAUUUGCGUAAACAUGAACAGUUACUAUCAACUAAUCAGGUCCCUGCGACAACGCCUGAUUCCGGCAUGGCAGGUUCUGCUGCCCCUGAGGCUGAUGACCCCGCAUCUUCAGCAUCUUAUUCACCCCGACCGCUGUAUGUUACGGAUCCUAGCACACGCAAAGAUGCUGCACGCGUCCCUGGAUACGCCGCUCAUACAUCAAACCCGCUAGCAGAGCGUGUGAUGGCUAAUCCUGAAUGGAGAGCUGCGCAUACCUCUGUGGCGCCAGACUUCAUAGAAGGUUUUUACAAACACUCACGACUGCACUACCUCUCUACAUGGAAGGCUGAACUGAAAAACUUGGUUCAACAAGCUCAUGAAGAAGUUGAAAAUGGGUUGACGCAUGAGUCUAUAGGCGACCUUCAGGACAUAACUAAGAGUAGUGGUGCCAACAUGAGCGGGGCACCGCUUGCGGCGAUGUCUCCAUCAAAAAGGAAAGGGAAAGAAAAAGCUCCAGGCUUGAAGCGUGUUAUCAUGCACUGCGACUUUGAUUGCUUUUUCGUUUCCGUCGGCCUUCUUAGUCACCCUGAGUUGCGUGGCAAACCAGUUGUCGUUUGUCACUCGCAAGGGAGCACAGGCGGUGCAUCGAGUACAAGUGAAAUAGCGAGCUCAAGCUACGAAGCCAGGUCAUUUGGAAUCAAGAACGGAAUGAGCCUUCAGCAAGGACGUAGAUUAUGCCCUGAUCUUGUGACCAUGCCCUACGAAUUCGAGAAAUAUAAGCAGCUGUCGUUGCGUUUCUACACCAUUUUAAUGCGCCAUGCAGAUGAUAUCCAGGCAGUCUCUGUCGAUGAAGCCUUGAUUGAGGUCACCACAAGCGUUUCCCGGUGUGCUAUCCGGCCGUCUUCGCUAGCAUUCGUGGAUGAUCCUGCAAGGUCCCUUGCAGAACAGAUCCGGUCAGAGGUCAAAGAAGGAACAGGUUGCGAAGUUAGCAUUGGUAUCGCGGAGAACAUACAACUUGCUCGCAUUGCGACGCGCAAGGCCAAGCCUGCAGGAUCAUUCCACUUAAAACUAGAAGAUGUACCACAAGUUCUUGCGCCGUUAGAUAUCGACGACCUUCACGGCUUCGGACAUUCUACGCGCCAAAAAGCGAACGAGAAGCUCGGAGCCACAAAUCUCGGUGAACUCGCUAAGAAAAGCAAAGCCGCACUGUGCGAUGCGCUUGGCAAGACUACUGGCGAAACUCUCUACAAUGCGAUUCGUGGCAUCGAUGAACGAAAACUCGAGUCUGAUAAACCGAGGAAGUCUGUUUCGUGUGAUAUUAACUAUGGAAUACGUUUUGAAAACGACGGCCAAGCUAAGGCGUUCAUCUACCAGAUGGCUGAGGAAGUUUCCCGGAGAUUGAAUGUUAUCGACAUGUGUGGACGUUCUUUGACUCUGAAGAUCAUGAAACGCGAUCCAAGUGCACCCGUCGAGGCACCUAAGUUUAUGGGACACGGCAUCUGUGAGACGUUCAGCAAGCAAACUCUGUUAAACAACUCAAACGGCGGAGCUACAAGUGAUCCAAAGGAUAUCGGUGACCACGCAUGGGCGCUGCUAGAUUCUUGGGGAUUUGAUCCGAAAGAGCUGCGCGGAAUAGGCAUCCAGAUACAGAAGCUAGGCACGCCGUCGGCAUCUGAUACCAUCGACCCUGGGCAAGUGAAACUGCCCUUUCACGCCAGAAGCUCCAAGACGAUUGUACAGGGGAACACUGAACAAGAUGUCCUGCAAGUGCCUAGGAUUAUCACUGAACCUCCUUCGCAAGAUGAUCCACUCCAUAAUGGGAACGAGGCCGGUCCUUCACGUCCAUUGCCUGCAUUGGAUCUCCCCUCUUUCUCCCAGGUCGACAAGGACGUUUUCGACGCGUUACCAGACGAUGUCAAGAAGGAACUAGAAGUGGAAUAUCAGCGAAGAUCGCGUUCACCAAUGCCGGUGGAACCACCCUCUCGUGACAUCCGACCAAAAAUCUUAGUCAAAGGUGUCAACGUCAAAAGAAUCACUCAACAACUUGCACCGAAAAGCAGAACGAGCGUAUCUCGCCGUAAAAACACGCUUUUUCAAAAACGUGACGUCCCAUCGUACAUGCGUGUAUCUGACGCAGAGCUUCGCAAACUUGAUAUCGACCCAGAUGUGUUUGCUGCCUUGCCUGUGGAUUUGCAGCGCGAGCAAGUGAUAAUGGCUCGACAUGCGAGAAGCGGAAAUCUCUUUCAAGAACGCAAGAUCAUCAAGGCAUCUAGUCGCGCGCCAUCUGCACCUUAUCGCAAGAAACCCCCUCCUCAAGCUAAGCACCCAGAGCCUCCUCUUUUAAAGCAGCAGGGCAAGGAGCCAGGGGAGAAAUUGUACUUCGUAGAAACUGGAGAUGUUCAGACCGUCAUCGAGUCAUGGGUCAAAGGAUUCACAGAAUAUCCUCCGAAGCAAAAGGACGUCGACUACUUCAGCAAAUUUUUGGUGCGGAGUGUAGAAUCGGCUGAUACAGGCAUAGAAAAAACCAUUGCUGUGAUGAAAUGGUGGCUUAUCCUCUUGAGGAGGAAUUGGGAGGUGUAUGAAUGCGCGAGCGGCGCUGAGGAGAGUCAUGAUGGAAGCUCGACUGCGGAGAGCAUCGGGAGAGCUUGGUGGAAAGCAUUCUGGGAAGUGAAGGCCAAAGUUGAUACUGCUGCCAGAAGACGCUUUGGUGGCUCAUUAUCUCUCAAAUGA